AUGGCGCCGCAGGUGGCCCUGGUCUUCGCCUACCUUCGGAACCACCUGAAGGGCUUCAUGAAGUAUGUCGUGGUCAUCUACAUGCUCGUCAUCUUCACCGACUUGAGCGCGCCAGGAACGCCUUCGUCAGCGAGGUACCCGAGAACGCCGUUCUUGGGCCUGCCCCUGUACUACGCGGCGCAGCUGAUCAUCGCCUCCAACAUGUUAUGA